UCAAAUGCAAAUGCAUUUUCACACAUCCAUUGCUUCAGACAUGAUCUUUUGGGUCAUUUUGAUGUGUUGGGCACCUGGAGUCCAGUCUAAUCACUGUGCUGAAAUUGUCUCAUUACAAACAUUUCAGCUGGGAGAUGAUGUUAUCAUCAAAUGCUUCCCUACAAAUAUUAGUUUGAGCAACACAUUAAUUUGGUUUAAACAAAGCACUGGACAGAUCCCAAGGGUAAUCACAAUAUCAUACAAUCAACUGAAUAAACGCAUGUUUGAAGAUGAAUUUAAAGAUGGGAGAUUCAGUAUUUUACCAAGUGAAGACUCUUUUCACCUCAAGAUCACAGCUACCACCAAGCAGGACACUGGAAUAUACUACUGCGGGACGGUGUUCUUGAAUUUACUACGAUUUAUCUCUGGAGCACAUCUGAUGCUACAAGGAACUGAGUAUCAAGACGUCAACAUGGCAUGUGGAAAGAGACCAGCUGUGAAUGGAACCACUGUUAAAAAUGCUGAUGACAUAUUCCAAAAAGAAUGGCAUCCUGUGUUACUUUGCUUGCUAUUUUCCAAUGUUGUUUUGGUGGUGGUAACUAUCAUAAUUAUUGCUGAUCACUGCAAACACUGGAAAAAAAGGCACAGAGGACUUGAAAUGGUUGCAUCUCCAUCAUGUGAGAUUAGAGAUUCAGAUGUGAAUUAUGCAGCUGUGAAUUUUGCCUCUGUUCCUCCGGCAAGACGAUCAAACAACAGACAAAUGGCUGAAUACAGUGAAGUGAAUUUAAAGUCAAGAGAUUAAAUGAUUUAACAACACAAUUAUUUUUAAUAUUUUUUUUAAAGUUCAGCUUGCCUCACGAAUUUAGAAUUAGAUUUUUAAUUGUGUGUGUUCUGCUGUAUAUAGAAGUAUAUAGUUUAAGUUUAAGAAGUUUAAGGCUUUUUUAAAUGUAGACUCUGUUUAAACAAUCACAAUUUGAGGCUGUAAUGAUAUAUAUUCUCCAGUAUAAAGUUACUGUCACAGUGACUACUGCAUGGCAUAAAUUCUAAACUUAAACUACAGUUUUAUCAGCAUCUCAUCAGCAUCAUGGGAAUG